AUGGGUACAUCUCCACAACAAUCUUGUGGAUGCAAAGGCGUUCGAUUUUGCGCACUUUGCGAGACAACAGAACGAGUCAAAAAGUUACGAGUUGACGGCGAUAAAUACGAAAAUUAUAAGGUUUUCCUGUUUGAUCAUAAAUAUACUUUGGCUCAUCCUGCUCCUUCUUUAAAUUCAAAAUCUAGUCUUGAAGAAAUUGUGAGAGAAUCCAAUUCUUGUACACCAUCAGGAAGUUCAAUUAAAAUCGACGGGCUGCUAUUAAUACACGAUUUCCUAUCAGAAAAUGAAGAAAAUUCAAUAAUGAAGAUGAUAGAUAAUGUUGAGUGGGUUCAAUCGCAAAGUGGAAGAAGAAAACAGGAUUACGGCCCGAAAGUCAAUUUCAAGCAUAAAAAAGUCAAGACUGAUAGUUUCAUUGGAAUGCCAGAAUAUGCGGAUAUGCUUUUGACCAAAAUGAAAAAUUUUAACGAGGAAAAACUUGGUAAUUAUCAGCCAUUUGAAAUGUGCAAUUUAGAAUAUGAAUCUGAAAAGAAAAGCGCCAUUGAAAUGCACCAAGAUGACACGUGGAUUUGGGGAAAUCGUUUGAUUAGUAUUAAUCUAUUAAGUGGAUCUGUGAUGACAUUAGCGAAUGACACCAAGAAACAUCUAUGCUAUGUUCAUAUGCCUCAUCGCUCACUGAUUUGCAUGGCCGAUGAAGCCAGGUACGAAUGGACACAUGGUGUUUUGGCGCAUCAUAUACGAGGAAGAAGAAUAGCGUUGACGAUGAGAGAACCAGCUAAAGAAUUUAAAGAAGGCGGAGAACUCUACGAGAAAUAUGGUGCUGAGUUGAUACGUCUCGGAAACAUUCGUGUCCCUUUGAAUCAUAAAACAUCUGCAUGUUGA